UUAGCCUGUGAGGAACCAGGGGAGGGAAACUGCAUUUUAGGGAAUAAAAUGCUGGAUGUGGCUGUUCUAGGGAUGCAUGGUCACCAGACACUGGAUCUUGCAAGACUGACUGUACCUCCUGUCUCUGAGUCCAUUCUUUGCCAUUGGGCGGCAGAUACUUUAACCUGAAUGAGAAUGAGAAACCUGUCUUCAUCAGGACCUCAGACAUCUGACAACUUUGUGCACACCAAGACAAAGUUGUCUGCUGGUUCUCAGCUUGAAGAAGAUUCUACAGUCCUUAUUGAUCCUUUUUCUUGGCGUUACCAUUUUUUGAAGCAAAGUUAACCUAGCUUUCUAGUUUGAGCUUUCUUUUUGGCCAUCUUUAAAAAUUUUUUUUUCGAUCUAUAAAAUAGACAAGAGAUAGUUCUACAAUGUCCAAGUCAUUCCAGCAGUCAUCUCUCGGUAGGGACUCACAGGGUCAUGGGCGUGACCUGUCUGCAGCAGGAAUAGGCCUUCUUGCUGCUGCUACCCAGUCUUUAAGUAUGCCAGCAUCUCUUGGAAGGAUGAACCAGGGUACUGCACGCCUUGCUAGUUUAAUGAAUCUUGGAAUGAGUUCUUCAUUGAAUCAACAAGGAGCUCAUAGUGCACUGUCUUCUGCUAGUACUUCUUCCCAUAAUUUGCAGUCUAUAUUUAACAUUGGAAGUAGAGGUCCACUCCCUUUGUCUUCUCAACACCGUGGAGAUGCAGACCAGGCCAGUAACAUUUUGGCCAGCUUUGGUCUGUCUGCUAGAGACUUAGAUGAACUGAGUCGUUAUCCAGAGGACAAGAUUACUCCUGAGAAUUUGCCCCAAAUCCUUCUGCAGCUUAAAAGGAGGAGAACUGAAGAAGGCCCUACAUUGAGUUAUGGUAGAGAUGGCAGAUCUGCUACACGGGAGCCACCAUACAGAGUACCUAGGGAUGAUUGGGAAGAAAAAAGGCACUUUAGAAGAGAUAGUUUUGAUGAUCGUGGUCCUAGUCUCAACCCAGUGCUUGAUUAUGACCAUGGAAGUCGUUCUCAAGAAUCUGGUUAUUAUGACAGAAUGGAUUAUGAAGAUGACAGAUUAAGAGAUGGAGAAAGGUGUAGGGAUGAUUCCUUUUUUGGUGAGACCUCGCAUAACUAUCAUAAAUUUGACAGUGAGUAUGAGAGAAUGGGACGUGGUCCUGGCCCCUUACAAGAGAGAUCUCUCUUUGAGAAAAAGAGGGGCGCUCCUCCAAGUAGCAAUAUUGAAGACUUCCAUGGACUCUUACCGAAGGGUUAUCCCCAUCUGUGCUCUAUAUGUGAUUUGCCAGUUCAUUCUAAUAAGGAGUGGAGUCAACAUAUCAAUGGAGCAAGUCACAGUCGCCGAUGCCAGCUUCUUCUUGAAAUCUACCCAGAAUGGAAUCCUGACAAUGAUACAGGACACACAAUGGGUGAUCCAUUCAUGUUGCAGCAGUCUACAAACCCGGCACCAGGAAUUUUGGGACCUCCACCCCCCUCCUUUCAUCUUGGGGGACCAGCAGUUGGGCCAAGAGGAAAUCUGGGUGCUGGAAACGGAAACCUGCAAGGACCUAGACACAUGCAAAAAGGCAGAGUGGAAACUAGCCGAGUUGUUCACAUCAUGGAUUUUCAGCGAGGGAAAAACUUGAGGUACCAACUGUUGCAGCUGGUGGAACCUUUUGGAGUCAUUUCAAAUCAUCUGAUUCUAAAUAAAAUUAAUGAGGCAUUUAUUGAAAUGGCAACAACAGAAGAUGCUCAGGCUGCAGUGGAUUAUUAUACAACCACACCAGCAUUAGUAUUUGGAAAACCAGUGAGAGUUCAUUUAUCCCAGAAGUAUAAAAGAAUAAAGAAACCUGAAGGGAAGCCAGAUCAGAAGUUUGAUCAAAAGCAAGAGCUUGGACGUGUGAUACACCUCAGCAAUUUACCCCAUUCUGGCUAUUCUGAUAGUGCUGUCCUUAAGCUUGCUGAGCCGUAUGGGAAAAUAAAGAAUUAUAUAUUGAUGAGGAUGAAAAGUCAGGCCUUUAUUGAGAUGGAGACCAGAGAAGAUGCAAUGGCAAUGGUUGACCAUUGUCUGAAAAAAGCCCUUUGGUUUCAGGGGAGAUGUGUUAAGGUUGACCUUUCUGAGAAAUAUAAAAAACUAGUACUGAGGAUUCCCAACCGAGGUAUUGACUUACUGAAAAAAGACAAAUCCCGAAAGAGAUCUUAUUCUCCAGAUGGCAAAGAAUCUCCAAGUGAUAAGAAAUCUAAAACUGAUGGUUCUCAGAAGACUGAAAGUACAACUGAAGGUAAAGAACAAGAAGAGAAGUCAGGUGAAGAUGGUGAGAAAGAUACAAAGGAUGACCAGACAGAACAGGAACCUAAUAUGCUUCUGGAAUCUGAAGAUGAGCUACUUGUAGAUGAAGAAGAAGCAGCAGCACUUCUAGAAAGUGGCAGUUCUGUGGGAGAUGAGACUGAUCUUGCUAAUUUAGGUGAUGUGACUUCUGAUGGGAAAAAGGAACCUUCAGAUAAAGCUGUAAAAAAAGAUGCAAAUGCAAGUGCUUCAGCAGCAGCAAAGAAAAAGCUUAAAAAGCGUCGUUUCCCAGGGAGUAUGGAAGGUUUUGUCACUCUAGAUGAGGUUGGUGAUGAGGAAGAUUCGGAACUUCAGAAACUUCGUAAAUCGGGCAUGGCAUUUAAAUCUGGUGACAAAAAUGAUGAUGGUUUGGUUGAAAUUAAGGUGGACAAGAUCGAGGAACUUGAUCAAGAAAAUGAAGCUGCGUUGGAAAAUGGAAUAAAAAAUGAGGAAAAUACAGAACCAGGUGCUGAAUCUGCUGAGACUGCUGAUGACCCCAACAAAGAUACAAGUGAAAAUGCAGAUGGCCAAAGUGAAGAAAACAAGGAAGACUAUACAAUCCCAGAUGAGUAUAGAAUUGGACCAUACCAGCCCAAUGUUCCUGUUGGUAUAGACUAUGUGAUACCUAAAACAGGGUUUUACUGUAAGCUGUGUUCACUCUUUUAUACAAAUGAAGAAGUUGCAAAGAAUACUCAUUGCAGCAGCCUUCCUCAUUAUCAGAAAUUAAAGAAAUUUCUGAAUAAAUUGGCAGAAGAACGCAGGCAGAAGAAGGAGGCUUAAUAUGUUCAAGAAGCUUAAUUUCAAAGAAAACAAUGGUUCUUUGUUUUUAAUGUUAACCUUUUUUAAAUACAAUACUGAUAGUUAGAAGAAAACUAUUGUACUCUUUUGUUUUAGUGGAAAAAUAAUAGAUGUCUGUUCAUGUGUUAAGUGUUAUAGCAAAAAAAAAAAUACACAUACGGUUAAGUUAAUGAAGAAUAGUUUUUGUUUCAUCAGAAUGGCAACAGACAGAAGUACUUUGUAGAGACUGACUCCAUAAGCUACGUUAAGACAACUUGCACCACUAAGUAAAAGAUAACAGAACCGUUCAGAGAAAUGAAAUUUAGUCGUUCCAAGCUUCAAAGAAAUGUCAAUUUUUGAUUCCAUUCAAUAAAGAACAAAAACAAUUGUAUUUUUAUUACUUUCAUCUGAAACAUUCCACAUUUUAAUCUGAGCCUUGCAGACUUUUCAUUUGGAGUUUGAAGCUGUUUUGGUUGCAUUCAUUUUUAGAGAACUUCAUGUGAAAUUGGCAAUUCAAAUGCAGGUGCAGUUUUCUUUUAAUGUCAUGCUGUUUUAGGUAAUAAGAAAUAUUAAGUAAUUGGCUUUAGAUUUUGUAAUUUUUCCCUGAGUUCCUGCUAGGUUUUGUAUUCUAGUAGUCAAUGUAUUUUCAGUGAAAUGUAAAAAUAUUCCCGUUCUCUCUGACCAGUAUUAAUUUCUUGAGAUCUACUGCUUGUCACUUGAAUCCUAUAGCUGUCAUACAUCGCUGGUAUAAGCAAUAUUUGAUUUUUGAAGUGUGUAGACCAUCUCUUCAUAUUUUCAAGAUGUAAUUUCAACAUUUCUGCAUUUUAAAGUUUGGCCAUAAUUCUAGACGCACGCUUCUAAUUCAUGUACCUGCACAUGUGACCUUUGUGAACAAAAAUUUGCAUGUAUAAUCUGUGUUUACUUGUAACUCUGGUUAUUUACUGCUUAUAUCUGUGGAUUCAAGUUACUGAAGUGAAUACCAAUAAAAAAAAUCCUAGGCCAUGUUCAUUGGUUAUACAUGUUUGGAAUGUUAACCAAUAUAUUUGUCAGUUGUGAUUUUUAUUCACUGUUACACUUUUGUGCAUGCUUUAACAAAUUAUUACUUUUUUAAUCUAGAGUGAGUGUUCUAAAGACUGCUACUAAAGAUCUGAAUUUUAAA